CUGUUCCUACCAGUGUAGACCGACCCCUCUCGGCGCUCGCUCCCAAAACUUACACAGAAACUUCUGCCAAGGGAAACAAUCGCCACAGCAUGGGGAACUGCUGUGAUUGUUUCGGGAAAAAUGACGGAACAGGCAGCUAUCUACACUCCCCGCGAGAUGGUAGCGGAGGAGGGCAACGACUAGGGACCGCCGCGGAGCACCAGCAAGAGCGACAAAGAAGGGCAGACCAGGCAGCGGCAGCGCGAGCGGCAGUACAAGACGAGCCGGAGCGAAUAUUUGAUCCUAAUUUGACGGACUCCGAGCGGCAGCGGCAGAGAGAAUUGAGGGCACAGGCAGUCGAGAGACGAUCGCAGCCGAAGAAACCGAAGGCACCGGCGUCAAGCCAAGAGUUCCGCAACCCCAACAACGACCCGAACAUGUUGAAGUGGUCUGUGUGAUUCGGAUGGCUUCUGCUGCUGCAAGAGCGCGCGCCGGGCGACAAUAGGGGCUUACGAAGGGACCCCCCCCUCCUUUCUCGCGCUUGGUGCAAUGAAUGGUGGCCCGGUCGGCGAAAGCCAAACAACCGUGACUAGAGUACCCUCGCCUGCGGAAUGCGCAGUGUUGAGUGUACUCGAUUCAUUUCCCCGUGUUGGUUCGUCCUCCUGUUCUGUACGCUGGGAGCGAAGCUGUCAUACGGAACGCGGUAGAUCAGUACGAACUUCGAAGUACUUGCAUGUUUUGAUGGGCUGCGGGAGACACGUCGUGCAAGGGUCUCGACGGUUCCUCGUUUUUUUUUUCUCUGAUUUUGGUCGGUAAUGUAUCCCUAGAACCUUUUUGAUUGGCAAUGAACGCCCAGGGGCGAUCGACCACGCUAACCUCGCUUUGACCUAGACAAGGUCUACGUGUGCAUAUAUCAAGUCAAUCUAUCGUGGUGGUGGUCGGAGGGGGGGGGAGGGGUGUACUCAUGGUC